UUCUCCACCCGAAACCUAUCUCAGCCCGUUCAAUUAUCCUGGAAGAGCUUUAAAGAAUGAGAUAGAAUCCAACAGAUCCCUUUACAAACGUUGACAAGAGAGAACUGAAUAAGGAUCUCGCCAACGAACCAUGUAAAGACGAUAUGUUCCCAUUCGCCAUCCUCUGGCUUCUUUUCCGCAUUCUGGCCCUUUUUCGUUUCGUCCACUUCCGCAUCUGCGGCUGCGUCCACGUUUGCAUCAUCGUCCGCGUCAUCUUUGGCCUUGGCCUUUCCCUUAUCCAAGUGCCCAUUAGCAAUUGCUGAAGCAUCCGAGUGGAUAUCACCGUUCCCCAGGCCGUUUAUGCCAUUGCCACUGCUAACACUGUUAUCAUUCGCUCUGCUAGAGCUUUGUUGGUCCUCCAUAUGCUGGAGGAUAAUAUCUCCAUUGUGGCCGCCGUUGUUGACUUCUGGAGCGCCAGUUUCCAGACCCUCCUCAUUUACUGGCCCGGUACCAUUAUUUACUAGCUCGUUAGGUUUAUUUGCUGGCCCGUUGGGUUUAUUCGCUGGCUCGUUGCCAUUAGU